UAUAACACAGCAGCAACUCAGUUUGUUUAAAAGGGUUUUGAUAUUUUAAAUUAUUUAAAGAAUAUUUAGGAUUCGAUAAAAAACUACACAUAUAUAUAUAUAUAUGAAUUGCAUUCUUGAUUUUUCGACUUUGUACAUUACUAAGAGCUGAGGUGAGAUCAGAUCUGCCGGUCAAGAUCGGACGGCCCAGAUCGCCACCCCGUCUUUGUCUGUCUCAAUCCCACCGUCCAUUUUUUUAACCACUGUCAAAAGUAAAAGUGUGCAUACAUAGAUGGAUAGAUAGAUCCACCUCUAUUUAGCAAAACCCAGUUGUGGGUUGUUUACCGUAACCACCACAAAACGACAAAAUUGCAAAUUCUUGAAUUUAUUACACUAUGUCAGCAAAAUCGAUUGCAAAACUGGAAGGCUACGUGGCAGUUAGCAAAGCACUACCAGUUCACCGAUUGAUUCUUGCCGACUCCAUGGACCUCAACUCCAGAUUGUAUCCGUAUAAAACCAACGGUACAGAUUCACCCAGGAAUCAAACUCCCGGGCGCUCCCAAGAAUCACGCCCUACUUCAAGCCCUCUAUUAAUUUCACGCCAUGGUUUCAUCAACCAAAAGUUUCCCCACCGUCUCCUCCUCCACCUCCGCCGCCGGCGCCGCCGUAAGAAAGGAACAUGAGAUGGUGGGCCUAAGCGUAAUCCUAGAAACCUGCAAUGAUCAGACAGACAAGAGAAGCCCACAAAUUAUCAGAAAGGGUUCAAUGAUAAAACCACCCUCCCCGAUCCCCCCAUCGUCCAUUUUCAGUGGCUUUUCGAGGUCAAGAACUCCGUUGAAUCUCUCCACUUGUUUCCUCUGUAAGCAAAAACUCUUGCCCGAAAAAGACAUCUACAUGUACAAAGGGGAUAAGGCAUUCUGCAGUGAAGACUGCAGGUGCAGACAGAUUUUCAUGGAUGAAGAAGAAGCCACCUCUUCCACGAGCGGUUGUACCCUAGAGUACAACUGCUCCAUUGCUUCUGCAAAUGCUUCUCCUCCACCUUCAACUUCUAGGGCUUGUAAAGGGUCAAGAAAUCGACGUAAUGCCUUCGUUUUCUGAUCUUUGUUUGGAGAAAAAUAGGAGUUUUGCGAUUUCCAUGUUGGUUGGGAAAUGGAGCCGUACAAUUCUUGGAAGAAUAAGAGGUUGUCUUAGCCACGUUGGCAGACACUCAUAUAUUUCAUAUUUAGACCAUCUGUAGUUACUUUUUAUUGUCGAUCUUGCAACUUGGGUAUCAUCGAAUACAUACAGUUUUGACAUUCCCAGAAUGU